AACCCUAGCGAUGGGGCGCGCGCGCGUGUGUGACAUCGUCUGCUAGCAACUCGGCGACCAGUCACGUGUUUGCGAUGACGGCGUACGGUCGGCGACACCUCGUCGACUAAACGUGUCGCAUUCUUUCUCUAUACGUUUCGUGACAACUGCUUUACACCGUGACGCGACGAGAUAGACUUGCUCCACCCCCACCCGUGUCGUGGCCGUGCGUGUCGUAUUUUGUGUGUCUACGUUUUAUGUCGAUUACAUUACAUCGUAACGUGCGGAGAAAUACGCACGCACCCACCGUGUCGUGUCCGUGCGUGACCUAUACGCGUGCGUGCGUGCGGGCGUGUGUGUGUGUGUGACACAUUAACCACCGCGAGCGUACCGUCUCUCCAGCUCUCCAGUGCUAACAUCACCACGGAAGCCGCACGGACGAAGCCUCAUGCAAUUGUGAAACGUGUGAAAUGAGUGUGAAACCCUCAUAAAAUCUACGAGAGCGAUAGCGACAGAGGUAGACGGACUGGACGGACGCAAACGAAAACUACGCCACACUAUUAUUACCCUCCUCCGCGCAAACCUCACCAGCCGAGAUCGACUAGCGUAAAACUACAACGAAGGCGAUCUACAUCCUGGGGCUGAUCGACGAACCGCAUUAUUAGAUGAGCGGUGUGUCACCGUGGUGACUGGUGAGGUGUAAGGAGGCUGUGGUCUUCUUUCUCUAAUAUGGCGCGCCGUAAGAAGGAGGACGCUGCGAAGGAGAAGCAUCGGGAACAAAAGGAGAAACCGUUACAGAGGAGCGCGGCGAACGCGCGAGAGCGGGCGCGCAUGCGCGUGCUGAGCAAGGCGUUCGGUCGGCUGAAAACGACGUUGCCGUGGGUGCCGCCCGACACGAAGCUUUCCAAGCUGGACACGCUGCGGCUGGCGUCCAGUUACAUAGCUCAUCUCAAGACUAUCCUAGACGACGACAACCACGACGGCAACUCGUUGCAUCCGCUCAACCUGACGUGGCCGUUCACGUUCAACACACGCCAGCUGCAGCCCAUCCCCAGACUCAGACAGGCUCUCAAACGCAUGCGGACAACGACACCUACCGGCGAGAUUUAGCAGAAGAUCUGCAAGAGUUGAGUUCUGGGGCGGAACUCGAACUGGCAAGCAACCUCUAACACAUAGGAUGGCGCGCACGAGAGAGGGUGUGCGGAAAAGAGCGAGAGAGGAAAUGAUAGAGAGGGGGGGGGGGAGAUGGGAGGGCAGAGAAAAAGAGAAUGACACAGUUGUAUAGAGACGUGGGAGUGUGUUUGAUCUACUUUUGUACAGAUAUGAGAUAUUUUCGUUUCACCUUAUGACGAUCGAAUGAUUAUUCGUCUUAUUUCCUUCUAUGGCAUCAACCUCAUCAUUAUCAUGCAUCAUCACCAAUCAUCAUGCAUCAAAAUGCAUCAAAAUAUCAUUUCAUCAUGCAUCAAUCGUUAUGGCAACAGCAGCAGCAGCGACCGAACAAGCAACAACAUGACAAACAACAACAACAAAACAAACAAUAACAACAAGCAACAGUAGCAGCACAGAGCAGACAGCAAGCUACCUAUUAUUUAUCGGACGUAAAAUUAAGAAUCAGCGGACACGCUUCAUCAUGCACACCCGCAUGGCAGAUUAAAUUUGCUCAUUGGUCUGUAAAUUAUAAAGUGUCACGAUCU